AGGACGCGAUGUGCGGGUGUCGCCGCGAUAAGGAAUUCAUCGUCAGCAUGGUGCUGCUGGUCGGAGGCUGAACCUGACAAGGAAUUAAACGCCAUCAGCAGGGAAUUAAACGCCAUCACGUCAGCAUGGCGCUGCUGGUCGGAGGCUGAACCCGACAAGAGCCGAGCAGAGCCGACAAGAGCCGAGCAGAAAGCGACUUGAUGCCAAGAUGCCGACCUUCUCCGUCAUGUACAAAGGAGCGGUCCUCAUCAGCAGGACUCUGAUGGGUCCGUAUGGCGCCGACAGAACGGUUCACUCCAUGGACUUUACGGACUGUGAGAAUGGUUUGGGAAUCAAAGUGAUCGGAGGUGUGAAGGAGUUCACCGGAGAAGAGUUUGGAGUUUACGUCAAAAGGAUUUUGCCAGGUGGCCUUGCAUCAAGUGACGGAAACCUGUUGCCUGGAGACCAGAUCUUGGAGGUCAAUGGGGAAAGUCUAAUCGGUGUCACAAGUGAAAGAGCUGUGGACGUCUUGAGAGCCGCUUCAGCGACCAAUCGCAUGCGCCUUCUGGUAGCCAGGGAUGAGGAAGCAAAGAAAGAAUUUGCUGAGCUGCUGGAGAAGUAUGGCUCCAAUGGUAGCACAGGAUCCACUCGCAACUCUCCCAUUCAGCAAGGAAGUCGUUGCCUGGAAAGUACUUCGUCUGGGUCCUCAUCUCGCUCCCAGAGUCCAUUGCUGCUGAGCCCAGCUGGCUGCCAGAACACGUCCAACAGCAGCGGGUCCAUGCUGCGCUCCCUCAGUCACCCCGGUGAAGGAGUCAUUCAGCUCAUUUCUGUGACUGGAUCCAAGAGUUUGGGCAUCACCCUGGGAGGAGGCUCCAACCGCCCUGAUGGCCCUGCAGUCUUCAUUCAGGAGGUUCUUUCAGGGGGAGACUGUCACCGGGAUGGACGUUUAAGGCCUGGAGAUCAGCUGAUUGCUAUAAGCAAAGAGUCUCUGAUAGGUGUCACCCACGAGGAGGCCAGAAGUAUGCUGAACAAAGCCAAGUCCAGUCAGGAAAACACGGUGGAGAUUGCUUUCAUACCUGGUAAAGGACUUUUCCCAAGCAGCACGUCUCUCCACAAUGGCGUCCAGCGAGCAGCCAGCAACAACUACAACUCUGGACGCCUAAAAGUCCACAUCCGAUCGCCUGAGAUCUGUGCAGAGGAGCCGUCCUCCGUGUCCUCCUCUUCUCCUGACAUCUGUCCACCGGAUGACCAUGUUUCAGGUUGGCUCCAGCAGAGAUCCAAAGCCAAGAUCACGCUGGACCCCGACAUCCGUCUCAAGUCAGACAGGUUACAUCUGGCUCUCUCCUUCCUUGGUUUGGAUGUGACAGAUGAGAAAAGGAAGAAGUUGCAACAGAGUCUGACCACAGACCCACAAGGCACCGUGGCCUAUGGCGACUUUGUGGCCGCCACACGGACCAUUUUCCAGGAUAACCUGGAGGAACUCAGUUUAGGAGACGCACCCUUCAUGUUUUCCUGUCACCAAGCCGCCAGUCUGAUGGACACAUCAGCCUUUCACUCCCCGACGUACGAGUCACAGUGCAGCUACAGUGGUGAGGAGAUGGAGCACUUCCAGACAGAAGUGAAGGAGCUGCAGACGCAGAUGAAGCAGCUCAAGGUGGUGCUUAAGGACAUGGAAACCCGUAAGAACACCCUUGAGGAUGAGCUCCAGAAGACCUCUGAGAAAGCGUGCGUGACUGUGGAGGAAAACGUCCGUCUAAAGAGUCGUCUGCAGGCAGCCCAAACGGAAGCGGGACAGCGUCAGGCUAGCACCGUCGAGCAGGACUAUGAAGAAGUGAUCCAGCUUCUGGAGACUGAGAUUCAAGACCUGAAGAACCAAGUGGCGGGCAGAAGGCAAACACUAGAAGCGGAUGCCACACAGGAAGUGGUUGAAGAACUGCACAGGAAGUUGACUGCUGUCCACGUCCAGCUCAGGAAGUCGGAGCUGAACAGGAAGCAUCUGGAGAUGUCCAACAAGAAACUGCUGGACUUUGCACAGAAUGUCCACAAGGUGCUAACAACAACUAGCUUGUUAGCAGACCAACUUGGGAGUAGUGGAUCCUCUCCAGCUGCAAACACUCCUCCAGCUCUUCCCGACCACGCCUUGCAGCUGGCUGUGGAGGCCCAAGUGUUGCUGCAGGACAUCAGCACUGCUAAUGAUGAUGAAGGAUUGAUGUCACCUCAGUGAUAUCAUCUUCAUCGUCCUGCUCUUCAAUCUGUAUCUGCUCUGGACUCCUUCCUUCUCUUGCACUUCUUCAAUAAAGGCAUUAUUGCAGUUGAUUUCCUCACUGGAACAAACAUUAUCUUUGUUUCCUUUGGAAAUAAAUGUCAAAACUCUUGAUCAAAAUGAAGUGAAAUCUUUAUU